AUGUUCCUUACCAUCUUGGCAAGAAAACGUCAUGAUCCACCUGAAUGGAAACUCAGCCUUCCCAAUAAUAUCUCUCAAGUACGACAAGCCAUCAACUCCACGAACAAUCCACCGAGUACUUAUGCGACGCCAUGGUUCUAUUUCAGUGGUUCCGAUGUGCAGCUUAUCGGAUCCAAAAGCGACGAAUGGGGAAGAUUCAAUGGCUUCGGACAACAGUGGUGGGAUGCUGGAAACCGGGCAGGGCAAAUUUCUCGCCAAGGCGUUUCUGAUGCGGUGUUUCAGGCACUCCGGCCUCAACUGGUGACGUCGUUCAAUGUUACCAAUGGGCAUUUACGCGGUCCCAAGAUCAUCAAGCCUAUAGCUUGA